AUGAAGUUGGUUUUUUAAUUUAUUGGAAAUUGAUUCCAAGACUUUAUAGAUCUAAUUCGCAUUUUUUUUUCAGAGUUAAACCAUCGACAAGCGGGCGCAAAAUGAAGUUUGACGAGUUUUUGUUCACCUACCUGGGUGAAAUGGGGAAGUGAGUGAGAAUCGAAGACUCUAGGAGUUUAUCCUAAGUUAAGGUAUCAAAAGAUCCAGUUUUUGCUAGUUUGUCUUCCAACCAUCAUUGUUUCGAUGCACGCUCUCAGCUGGACUUUUGCCGCCAUCCAAGUGCCUUACAGGUUAUUCGAAGUAUCAGAUAAUAAAUAGGGAAAGUAUUAUAUAUUAUUUGAAUGUGUAUGCAAAUCAGUUUUUUUUAAAGAGGCAUUAAUUCAUUCCCUUGAAGAUGCGCUUUGCCAAACGAAUUGCCAGACUCGCCCUACGUUACUAAUAACUUACCCUUUACGACUUGUAAAGACGCCGCCGACUUGGAUGUUCCCGUGUCCAGAGCCGCCGAGAAAGGCAUCAUUGUUCGUUGAUUUAUUUUUUAUCGUAUAAAUUGAAAUAUGAAGUAUUAUUCAAAAGACGAAAAAUCACUGUCCAAAAUUUGCAGACGCAGAUUUUAUUAAAACUGACUUUUCUUGCUUUUUAUUAUUUUUUAUACCUGUUUUUGCUGGUCUCUGAAAAAAAAAUGUUUGCAGUGCAACUACGAGCAGUGCUCUUUGAAUGGAACUUCUUGCAACCGGCGAGUUUUUGACAAAUCCACCGUCAAGUACACGGCAAUCGAAAGAGUUCGUUAUUUUUUCUAUUCGAUUUGUUUCAGAAAAGACUUUGGAUCUUUUUUUACAGUGGGAUAUCACUUGCGACCGGAAUUGGAUAAAGGCGACAAUUCAAGCGGCUUACUACGUCGGCCAGAUGGCUGGAUCUAUGAUAUUCGGAGUCCUGGGCGACAAGUCAGUUGAACUUCUUGUUUCAAAUCAACUGUAUUUUUGCUCAGAAUCGGCCGCAAGAAGGUUUUCUUCUUGGCGAUCGCCAUCCAGUUGACCUGUGGACUGCUGAUUUCUCUCGCGCCGACCUGGUGGCUUUAUGCUAUUUUGCGGUAUUUCCGUUCUCUCUGAAACCCAAAAUCGUUUUUGAACAGCGCCGGAACUGGCUUCUCGCACCCUGGAAUCUUUGUCAUUGCUGUCGUCAUUGGAAUGGAACUCGUCGGACCAAAAUAUCGGAAACUCGCCUCGGUUAUCACUGGCGGAUUUUUUGCUCUUGGACAGGUGCUCCCAAUUUUCGACCUGCUUUCUAAGAAGAUUCCCAGAUACUUUUGGGCGUCGAAGCCAUCUUCAUCACGGAUUAUCGUUGGCUUCAUGUCUUGAUCGCUUCGCCGGCAAUUUUCUUCCUCUCCUAUUGGUGGUUAGUCGUCUCAGAGACUUCCAAUUAAGCCGAGUCUUCGAAUAGUACUCUGUCUUUGUUGAGAACAACAGUUUUGUCAAAUCAAAAUAUUUUUUGAUAAACUAAUAAAAAUGUUUUCAUACUUGCAACCAUAGUAGUCUUAGAAGUUGUAAACGAGAAAAAAAAAUGAUAAGGGUUGUGCCCUCAAGGUAUGUUUGUGUAGGAUCGUUCCGGAGAGCGCGCGUUGGCUAGUUUCUCAGAAAAAGUACAAAGAAGCCGACGUGGUUCUUCAGAAAGCAGCUCGUACCAAUGGAGUCACUUUGCCCGAAAAUUGGUUAUUAUCACUUUUUUAAGCUUGAAAUGCUAUGAAACUGUUUAGGUGGGAUCAAUUGGACACGGACGAUUCUAGCGAAUCUUCGGCUCCGACUCAGAAACUUGGAGCGGCUGACCUUUUCAAGACUCCCGAGCUCCGCAAAAGAACUCUCGUCGUCUUCUUUUUAUGGUGAAUAGAAAUUAUUUUUGAACUAUUUCGCAAGAAAAAUUGUAGUGAACUGUCCAAGGAAAGUGACCCGUUUUUCAGUGAAAUCUGUUUGAAUUCUGGUUUAGAGGCAGACUGUCAUCUGCAAAACCAAACAACGUAUAAGAAAAAAAUAAACCCAUGUGUGAAAGUUUCGAGAUUUUUAACAGUUUUAUCAGAACUUAUAGAGUCGACACUCCUUUUUGGUUUUUGUAUCUCGACGAUUUACUGUUUCAGGCCAGUUGUCUCCAUGGUUUAUUAUGGAAUGGCCAUGAAAGCCAAUGUUCUCGGGGGCGAUUUGUACCUCAACUUCAUUUUUGCCGCCGCUGUGGAAAUCCCCGCGCUGAUCGUUGUUUUCCUCACAAUUGAUCGGUCUUCUAAAUAUUGAAAUCAUGUCCUAAAAAGAUAUUACUUUCAGAAUAGGACGACGUCCGGUUCUGGCUGGAGGUUUCUUCAUUGCUGGAGCGUGUUUGAUCCUCAACUGGGCCAUGGGAGAAAUUGGUCAUUACCAUUUAAAUGACUCAGUCAAUCAAUUUCUUUUCUUUUACAGCUACUCCCUGGAUUGCCGUCACUCAAAUGAUGAUCACGAAAGGAGCCAUCACAGGAACUUAUGCCUCCAUUUACACGUACUCCCCGGAACUUUUCCCGACGGUGAAUUUCCAAAAGGCGUUUAUCUGUCUGAUUUUUCGCUCGAGCAUAAAUAUUUUGGUUUUAGAUGAUUCGAAACACGGCUAUGGGCUGCUGCUCGACAAUAGCCAGGCUCGGGGCCAUCUCUGCGAGUUAUAUCGCAAUGUGGAUUGUCAGUUACAUGCUCCUUUAAAUGCAUUCACUAGGGUAUGGUCUCCCCUGAGCAUCGAGUUGAGAAUUGAGACUUUGUGGGUUUGAUAGGCCUGGGUAAGAGUACUCGGAAUCAAAAACAAAAUUAUGCUAAACCCCUCAGGCAACCGAGGAAAGGCUCGUCGAAAUUUUCCCAGAGCGUAUAUCCCCGCGCUCGGAGCUAGCAACUGGCGGCGUGGUGUAGUGGUAGUGGUGUCUUGAAGCUUAUCAAUAUUGUGACCAGGGUUCGAAUCCAUCAAUUUUGGCGGAUAUCAUUUUUUCCGAUUUAUAACUACUUCAUUUUCAUAUUUUUUGAGAAAUAUUUCAAAUAAUUACAUUAAAAACUUAUGAAAAUGACAAUAAAAAAGUGCUGAUUGCAAAAACUCAUUUUUAAAAAAAUAUUUUUUUCGAGUCUACAGGGCUAAUAACAACCACCUGAACAAAAAAAUUCCGUAAUGUUUUUAAACUUGCAAAAAAAAUGUCCUCCUGAGUUUCGAAUUUUGAAUUUUUUUUUAAGAAUGAGUUUUUGCAAGCAGUAUGUUUCUUAUUGUCAUUUUCAUAAACUUUCAAUGUAAUUAUUUGAAAAAAAGUUUUUAAUAGAUUAAAAAUAACAUUAUGUGAUGCUCAGAACGAACUAAAAAAAUGUUUCUCCCAAAAAAAUUGAAAUUAGUAAAAAUUCCGAGUUUUCAACAUUUUUUUUCUAAAUUUUUUUAUAAAUUCUUUGAAGCACCUUAAAGAAGCCAAAAAAAUUAUGUUGAUAAAGGGCUCAGGCUACUAGGAAAAAAAUGAAUUUAUUGUAUAAAUAAGUUUCUUCCGACUGAACCAAUAUUUUCUUCAAAUUUUCAAUUUAUCAAGAGUAUAUUAAAGGUGGAGCAGUUUGGAAAGGUGUACAUGAUAAUUCCAUUUGGCGUGAUGGCCGUUUCCGCCGGAAUCCUGACGCUUCUCUUCUUGCCGGAGACGAUGGGCAAGCCGUUGCCUGACACGAUUCUCGAGAUCGAGGAGGUUCAUUUUUCAACACGACUCGAAAAAAAAUGCUUGGAAAAAGGGCAACUUUCUUUUCUCAUCAACGAGAGUUCCAAGGUUAACCAAGCACUAAUGGUUCGAUUCGAAUAUUUUGAGUUUUUGGUCGGUGAACGGUAAAAUUUCUAUAUAGUUCAACUAUAUUUAUCAUUUAAUCAAUUUUCGCUUUCAUCACCAUCAAAAUUGAAAGGAGGGGAUUUAGUUCGUUUUUCACGUCUUCGUUCAGAAAUUAUUAACUUCUUCAGACAGACGACUGUUUUUAGGGAGACGCGAACCGUUCGGCGCAAGAACUGCAGCCGCUUGGCUCCAGUGAAGAAACGAAAACAGCUUGA